AUGAACGAGUUUAAGGUACCCGCUCCGCUGCCCAAGCCCAAAGUGAUCGUCACAGAGAAGCCGCGGCCCGAGGCGCCCGCUGAACCGCCACCUCCGCCACCCAAAGUUCUGAAAUCCUCGCCAGCGGCCGCCUGUCCGUACAAGAUUCCACGCUGGUCUGCUCCACCAGCCGCUGACCAGAUCUACAGCUUUGAGGUGCUUAAGUCGGGCCAAAUCAUCGAUCAGGUUCGACAGCUGCAGCAACAGGCGGUCUGGACCUUUGGCCGCCUGCCCGAAAACGAUGUGGCUGCCGCCCAUCCCACGAUCUCGCGCUUCCACGCCGUGCUGCAGUAUAAACCCAAGGAACCGCCCAAGCUGGAGCAAGAGGCGAAUGAGGAGGACGGAGACCAGGAGGAGACUUCUAAGAACGAACAGCCGGAGGGCUGGUACGUAUACGAUCUGGGCAGUACCCACGGUACCUUCUUGAACAAGCAGCGCCCCCCGAAGGUCUUCAUCCGCAUGCGGGUGGGUCACAUGCUGAAGCUUGGAGGCAGCACUCGCGUCUAUAUUCUGCAGGGUCCCUGUGAGGACGAGGAGGCAGAGUCGGAGCUCUCGGUGACGGAGCUGCGCCAAAAACGGGACAAAGAGCUCGCUGAUGCCGCCCUAGAGCGGGAGCUGCAAAUUCUGGCAGCCGAGGAGCGCGAACGCAACGAGGGCGUCAGCUGGGGUAUGGGUGAUGAUGCUGACGAGGAGACGGAUCUCACACAUAAUCCCUACGCCAGCACCAACAACGAGGAUACCUUUUUCGACGACCCAAAGAAAACGCUCCGUGGCUUCUUUGAGCGCGAAGGUCUCAGUUUGGAAUACAAGUGCGAUGAGCUGUCCUCUGGCACCUUUGUCUGCCGCGUAGAGCUGCCACUAGAUGACUCGAAUGGAAGGCCAAUUGUCGUCGAGGUGAAUCACAAGGGUCAAAAGGACUGCGUGGUUCAGUGCGCCCUGGAGGCUUGCCGCACCCUGGACAGGCACGGUGUGCUGCGUCAGGCCAACCAGGAGGCGCAGAAAAGAAAGAUUGUAAAGGCAGGCGACUCGGACGACGAGGAUGACUUCUGGGAUCGCACUGGAGACGUGGAACGCAAGAAGCAGCGUCUUGCGAGUACCGGUGCCAGUGUCACCUUGACCUAUGAGGAUUUGCUUAAACAAGAGUGCGAACUCAAUGCCCUCAUGGACAAGGUGGAGCUCGAAAUAGGUUCCUAUCAACAAAAGGAAAGAAAACUGAAAGAAAUUGCCGAAAAGCAGGAGACCGUUGGCGAUGAUCUGGACAACUUUAUGGACAUGCUCAACGAGGACGUCGAGCAACUAGACAAGACCGAGAUCAAGAAACUAAGGUUAGAACAGCAGCGCCUUAGGGGCGAGCAGCAGAAGGUGCAGCGCUUGUUGAAGAUAGCCAAGCCCACAGCCUUACCUUUUGCCACGGGCAAGGCAACAGCCAAGGAUGAAUCAGGCCAGGAAGGCAGUGCAGUUGUCAAGCGGCAGCUGCCCAUGAUUGGCAAGCGGAAUCAAUUUAGCAAAUUUAAGGUGGUCAAGGCGCCGAGCAGCACUCAGACCAAAACCCAAUCCAAAGCAUUUGCCUCGGACGAAGAGGAAGACGAAGAGGAGGAGGCCAAGGCAACAGAAAAGGACCAAGUUGGAGUAACUAAAGAAAAUGAGAAAGCGACGGCAACGGAAGCUGUGGACAAUUCAUGUACUUUGGAGAACAAGAACUUGCUGGAAAGCGAACCCCCUGCCGAAGCGGAAGCGAGCAAACCAGCAAACGCUGAACCGGAAGUCCUAAAACCAGUCGACGUGAUGUCACCAACAAAAGUUUCAGCGGAAACUUCAACAGCUCGCACCGACAGCGACGGCGACACUGUUGCUUUAGCAGUUGAGCCGGUGGAAAAGGCAAGCCACCUCGCAGACGCCACUCCGGAACCGGAAGCCGAGGAUCUCUUGCAAAAGAAGCGACGUCAACGCCAACGACAGCGCAACAAACAGCGCCAGGAUGUGGACAUGGACCUGGACGAGCUGGCCGAGCACGAGGACAGCGAAAACUACGCCAAGUGGGUGCCUCCCACCAACCAAAGUGGCGAUGGCAUAACCCACUUGAACGAGAAGUUUGGAUACUAGCUGAGAAACCCAAUUUUAAGAUUUCCUUUAAACUAGUCUAGACCCAUAAUUGAUGUACUCUCUAAGACCCUCUCAAUGUGACUUUGUAAAUGUUUAA